GGAAACGAAAUCAAGCGACGAUUAGCUUAGAAAUGGCUACUCCUUCACGGUACUCUGCUAUAAUUCUCUUCCUACUUCCGUUACAACUCAUCGCCGUCCCUUCGUGUCCUGGAGAUUGUGAACCGAUCGACGCCACCGACAGGGACUGGCCUCAAUUCGCCAUGAACUUGGAAUUCCUAGAGACUGAGUGGUUCCUGUGUGCUGCACACGGAAGAGGUCUCGACGCCAUUGAACCGGAAUACGCAAAAGGCGGACCGCCUCCGAUCGGUUGCAAGAAGGCCAACCUCGACCGUGUCACUCGUCAAGUCGUCGAGGAGUUCGGUUAUCAAGAAGUUGGUCAUCUAAGGGCCAUUUUGAAAACAGUUGGUGGAAUCCAAAGGCCUCAAAUAGAUAUAAGAUCCGAAAAUAUUGCCAAAAUAUUUGAUGAGGCCAUGGGGUGUUGUUUGGAUCCUCCAUUCGAUCCCUAUGAAGAUAGCAUCAAGUAUCUAUUGGCAUCAUAUGUUAUCCCCUAUGUCGGACUCAACGGAUACGUCGGUAUGAUCCCGUGCCUUCAAAAAUUUGAGACGAAAAAGUUGGUGGCCGGAUUGUUGGGGGUGGAGUCCGGGCAAGACGCGACCAUUCGAGCAUGGCUGUAUGAGAAAGCGAAUGAAAAUGUGGAGCCUUACAACAUAACGGUGACCGAGUUCACAACGAAGAUCUCGAAGCUAAGAAACAAGCUAGGCCAUUGCGGUAUCAAAGAUGAAGGCAUAAUGGUACCUCCUGAGCUAGGAGCCGAGAACCGGACCUCCAGCAACGUCCUGUCGGCCGACUACGAUUCACUCUCCUACCCGAGAACACCGGCAGAGAUAGCAAGGAUCACGUAUGGCACCGGCGACGAACAUAGGCCCGGCGGGUUCUUUCCCGAGGGUGCCAAUGGGAGAAUUGCGAGAGAAUACCUCUAUAAUGAUAAGCUUAAAGUGCUUUGAUUAAUAUUAAUUGGAAAGCUUUAAGACAAGCACUAGUAAUAUUUUGAUCUGAAUAAUGUGCUAGAGUCUCCGGGGGAGGCCUAAUGUAUUGCUCGAAUCAAACUAGAAGAUAUGGGUGAUUUGCAUUUUAUCUUAAAA